UCCUUUGACGAUGUCGAAGUUUGUAGUUCCUGUGUAGUUGACCUGUCAGCGUUGUAGUACAAGCUGUCACUGCUGAAAUUUUCCUGCUUCGUUGGAUUGGGGCACUUUUCUGCCAGCAACACUGCCGGUCCGAGUGCGUCAGACAGACAGGGUUGUUCGUAUUUUCCGUUGUCACUGCUGUCAGCUAACGAGCAAGCUAACGGCUACAUAGAGCUAACAGGCAAAGAAGCCGGAGAGCUAGCUUGCUAGCAGGCAUUCGACGGUAGACACCAGUGUAAGCUGGCUUUUUGCUGUUAGCUAACUCGGUACUGUCUGUGCGAGGAAGCCGCCCACUCCUGCAAAGCAGCACUCGGGACAAAAGAGUUAGCGAUGGAGGCUCAGAGCUCCAGCGGACUGCUGCUGUCCAGAAAGAGAAGAAGAGAUGGCUCCAAUGGGGAGACUGAGGAGGGAGAAAGGCUUGGGAAAAUCCCCAGAUGUACCGUGGGAUUGAAACACCCUGCACCUUUCGCAGAUGAGCUGGAGCCAGCUGAUGAUAAACCUUAUGAGAGAGUCAGCAUGGAGGAGGCCAAAAGGGGAACACCACCUGACAGACCGGUGCGGGUGUACGCAGAUGGCAUCUUUGAUGUUUUCCACUCAGGACACGCCAGAGCUCUCAUGCAGGCUAAAGGCCUCUUCCCAAAUACACACCUCAUCGUUGGAGUGUGCAGUGAUGACCUGACUCACAAAUACAAAGGCUUCACGGUGAUGAAUGAGGACGAGCGCUACGAUGCCAUCAGACACUGUCGCUAUGUGGAUGAAGUGGUGCGAAAUGCUCCCUGGACGUUAACGCCAGAGUUCCUUGCAAAACAUCGCAUUGACUUUGUGGCCCAUGAUGACAUCCCAUACUCCUCAGCUGGCAGUGAUGAUGUGUACAAGCACAUUAAGGAAGCUGGUAUGUUUGCUCCUACACAGAGGACAGAGGGCAUUUCCACCUCUGACAUCAUCACACGCAUAGUCAGAGACUAUGACGUGUACGUCAGACGCAACCUCCAGAGAGGAUACACAGCAAAGGAGCUCAAUGUCAGCUUCAUAAACGAGAAAAAGUACCACCUGCAAGAGCGAGUGGACAAGGUGAAGAGAAAGGUCCGGGACGUGGAGGAAAGGAGCAAAGAGUUUGUCCAGAAGGUGGAAGAGAAGAGCAUUGACCUCAUCCAGAAAUGGGAGGAGAAAUCCAGAGAGUUCAUCGGCAACUUCCUGCAGAUGUUUGGCCCUGAGGGAGCUCUGAAGCACAUGUUAAAGGAAGGGAAAGGCCGCAUGCUGCAGGCCAUCAGCCCCAGACAGAGCCCCAACAGCAGCCCCACCCGGGAGGAGCGCUCCCCAUCUCCCACCUUCCGCCUUCCCUUCUUCACCAAGACCUCUCCGCCUCCUUCACCUCCGUCGCACCACAGCGGGGCCCGUGGAUACCUCAUCAGCGAUGACGAUGAUGAUGAAGAGGACGAGAACUAAGAGUUUUUGACGUCUUCACUUUAAUCUAGGCUGCACUCAGUUUAAGCUGUAAACUGAGCUGUUGAGGAACGAAUUUUCACUGAGCUCCUGCUUAAAUUUUCUCUGUUUAUGAUUUUACUUUGACCUUUAGCACUUCAGUUUCAUAUUAACUGUAACAGCCAGUUUCCCCCACAAAUCUUGUUUUUAACAGCCAGUUUUUUUUGUUUGUUUUUUUUUUUUGUGUAACGGUCAGUAAAAUUUCCACUAGUCACCUGAGUUCUUUUAAAUAAGUGUUGUUUCUCGAUCACUUUUGUUGAGUUUCUUAGCACCUCACCGUCACUUUGGAUUACUGCAGCUGUGACACGUAAGGGUGAGGUGGAAGCUUGUGUUUUGUUUUUGUCAUGGCUUUCUUUAGCAGGAUGGCUUACAGGUUUUUGGUCACAUGUUGGAACAGCACAUUGAGUUUGGUGUGAUAGAGGUUUCUUUAGACCUCUCUGAGAGUCUGGUGAUUAUCUCUGGUUGGAAGUUUUUAGAGCGGGUCAGAAAACUGGACCUUUAAAUGAUCUGCUCUCAUGGGGCAGUUUAUUAUCCGCUCAUACAAACAAGAAACCAGCCUUUUUUAAUAACGGGAAACUUCAGAUUACAGUCUGAGCUGAAUUGAACAGUCAAGUGUUAAAUGUCCUCUAAACAACAGCUUUUUCCCACAUUCAUCCGCCUGCUUUAGGGCUGUGCGUGUCCGUGUGUGUGCAUGUCAUGUCUAGCUCCCACAUCGGCAUGUUUUGAAAUGUUUUCUGUCAACGUAGUCCACCUGUUGACAGAUCUGGGUUCAGCUUUGUCUUGAAGUAUUAAAUUUGCUUUAAAUGUUCUUGUCUGCUGACAGAUUCAGUCUUUGGAAGACUAGUUUCAAACAGGGCACCUUUCUUGUGGUGUUACUGAAAGUCAUGCAAGAAUGACCCAUUUAAAUGUGGAUCUAGAGAUACUUAUUUUUGUAGAUUUCCUCCUUUUGUUCUCUGGCCUCUGUACAGAUCUUUAUAAUCCCUGUUUAGUGCUUCACAGUAUGAGCGGUGAAUCAACAUGAGCAAGGAUGGAGGAAUUUAUUAAAGGUUAUUAUAAAGCAGAACCUGCGUCAACUGGGCCUGUAGGGAAGUAAUAAACAUCUGAUACACGUGAUAACAGCUGAAGGAAGUGACCUGAGAACUCUCAUUGCCCAACUUUAACAAGAAAGAGGAGUCUCAAGCACAUGAAUAGCGCACAGACAGAAGAAUAAAGUCUAAAAGGGGUUUUCCCCUAAUGGUAUUCAUGUGCUAUGUGAGAUUCAGUUUGAUGAAACUCCAGAUCAACUGUUCAUAGCUACCUCCUUCUUCCCUUUCUUCAAAGAUGAGCACAAAGUUUGAGCAUUUUUUUCUUUCCACUUUCUGAACAGAGCCAUUGUUGCAGCACUGACGCAACAUGACUGGGUCAAAUAUUUGAGAUUUUCCAGCUGUUUCCAUGUGCAUCUCCGGUGAUACAGCAUGUCUUCUGUCUCCUGAAAAAGCAUCAAAAUGAAAUGAUCUGGAGAUGAUAAGCAUUACUGUCAGAUAACUCAAAUAUUGAUGUUUAAAGAUGUCGGAUUGAUCUGCUCCAGGCUCAGUUUCCUAAAAGCACUUCUUUUUGAAGUCAAUCUUUGCUGCAGGGACAAAGACUCCCUCUGUCUUCGUGUGUAAAUCAGAUUUUAAGGUGGGAAAUGUCUGCCUGGAGUUAGAAAAAUUCUACUUUUGAUAUUAAAAAUAAUGUAAAUCCAGCCUUGAUUUUGGUGCUAAGCUACUUUUGGGAAGCCUCGCCUCGAUUCUGGUGGACUCUCUUCCUUUAAAUCAGUGUGAACUUCUCCUUUACAGCACGUCUACGUUGUGAGUUUAUGGUGGCAAAAACUCCAGUGGCAGGCCAAUAACUACUACUUGCCACUACUGCAAGAUACAAUUGUAAAUGUUUUUUAACAUCAAGUGUUUUAAUCAUGUUCUAUUUUACCGUUUGGAGUUUAUUUUUGUUCUAUGUAUUGGAUGUAGAGGAAGUGAAAGACAGGAAAAAUGUAUUAAACGUGUUGGCCAAAGCAUUUCUUGACCUUGACCCAUUUUUCAUCUCCUGGUAACACUUCAAAUCAAUAUUUAAUCAUUUCUGAUCAGUUUGAUCAAGCAGGGUUCCUACAUGCUCAAAAAAUCAAAUUUAAUACUUCUUAAGACAUGAACUGAAAGAAAGCAAUACCACUGUUUGCACAGUGAAUGAUCAGAAAGAGAGAUUUGUCUGUGCGCUGGACCAGGGCUGAAUUUUCUGUUUUAAUGAAUUGUUUAUGAAGUGUCAAAUGGUAUAGUAAAGUUUUGUGGUCAUUAACGCCAAAAUUUGAUGGACACAACUAUUAUCAAC